CUCCUCUUAUUCCUCUUCGAUCCUUGUUUGGACCCUACCCGAGGUAAUCCUUCUUGGAUAUCGAUUUGGAAAAUUCCUCUUCGAUCCUUCAGAUUCUUAUAGUAAUCUGCUUGGAAGUCGAUUUGGAUAAAAAAAAAUUACUGCCGCCAUGGCGCCUAAACGCAAAAGAAAGGGGCAAACUCUUGAUCCCCCUUCUGAAGAAAUUAAUUUGAGUAAUCAAUUUGAUUUGCUCACGGAUGAUGAGAAUGAUCCAUCAUCCAAGAAAAAUUCUAGUAAACUUUCCCGGCUUAAUGCCAAGAAGGAAAAGAUUCCCCCUAUUGUGAUAACCACUACCGAUUUCCAUGCUCUUCGCAUGGAACUUUUGAAUUUCGUGAAAGUUAAGUUUUCACUACAAAUUGGACGUCGGGGUGAAUGCCGUGUAUUGGCUGAAACCUUGGACGGAUUUAAAUGUCUUCUCAAGUAUCUUACUGAGAAGAAGCACAAAUUUUUUACUUACGACACCAAAACUGAACGUGUGUUCAAGGUUGUCAUGAAAGGACUGCCCAGUGGUGAAUCCCUGGAUCAGAUCAAAGAUGAACUGGCAAAAUUACUUGGAGUUGUGCCACUCCAAGUAAUCAAAAUGAAAAUGAAAUCCCGUCCUGGCGAUUCGCGCAACGGGAUUUCUAAUGAUUUUUAUUUAGUUCACUUCAAGUCUAGUGAACUAAACAACCUUAAGGCCUUAGAAAAAGCUAGCCUUAUGCUCCAUGUCCGAGUGAAGUGGGAACACUUCAGGAAGACUGGAGGUAAUUUCCAAAACCUCACUCAGUGCCGUAAGUGCCAGGGAUGGGGUCACGGAACUAAAAAUUGCUACAUGCCAGCUAAAUGCAUGAAUUGUGGUGAUUCCUCUCACGCAAAGGACGACUGUCCUGUGAAGGAAGAUCCUAAGAAAUUUAAAUGUUCAAAUUGUGGUGAAAACCACAAAUCCAAUUUUUGGGAAUGUAAGACUCGCAAAGCGAUCCUACAAUCU